UAUGACGCUCAUUAAAAAGUUAACGCAGAUGUACACAAAAAAAGGUAAAAAACAAAACAACAACGUACUUUUACUUUAAACGCUUUCAAAUAAUUUGAAUUUUGCGAGGGAGUUGAUUACAAAUUUAUUUAUUGGUAAUAAUAAUAAAGUUGUUGUAAUUAUUUGAAUCGAGGGUAAAAGUUGUAGUCUAUGGUAUUUUUUAUUUUUGUUUAUUUACUAUAAGAAGUAAAUAUGUCUGUUGAUCAGAUCCAGUACUCGGAAAAAUAUUGUGAUGACAAAUUUGAGUACAGACAUGUUAUCUUGCCGUCUGACAUUGCUAAAAAUGUACCAAAAUCUCAUUUGAUGUCGGAAUCUGAGUGGCGUAAUCUUGGAGUACAACAGAGUCCGGGUUGGGUUCAUUAUAUGAUGCAUGGCCCAGAACCGCAUGUUUUACUAUUUCGUCGAGCAAGAACAGAUACGCCAUUAAAUAUCAGAAACUCUCAACCAGAAACCCGAGCUACUUGCUGUAAUUAAAAAGAAAAUAAGUAUGAUACUUAUAUGAAGAUGUUAUAUAGAUUAUAAAAGUACUUAUUUAUUUUUUCAGUAAUUAAAUAUUGUAAUUUAUAACUUUUGAAUAUUUAAAGACGUUUGUAACUUGUUUAAAAAGUUUUUGAAAUUAACGUUUAUAAUUACAGCCAAAAUAUUUAUUUAAAACUUUACAACUUUAAAAUAAUGAAUAAUUUUUAGUUUAUAUCAUCAUGAUAUUAUUUAUAAUAAUUAAAAAUUAAUAAAAUAUUACAAUUUUCAUAUACACAAUCAACUCGAUUAAAAUAUAUUAUUUAUCCCAUUAAAAUAAUUAUGACGGAAGUAAUGACUAAAGUAAGAGAAUAUUAUAAUAUCUUAAUACUUAUUAAAUAUUUUUAUAAAUAUUCGCUGAUUUAGUUAGCGCGCCAAAUGUGUUAUUAGGGCAGCGCACAUUUCGAAAAAUUCCAUUGUUCGAUGACCUCCCACUGCCGCAGGUUGCAUUGGAUCUAAUU